AUGGUCAAGGAAAUUGAGGAAUGCCGCACAGAAAUUAGAAAAAAUCUGAACGAUUCCCGUGAAAAGAAAGCAAAUGAAAAAGCGAUGACGGAGGAUUUGUUGCUGAGGUUAAACCAGUUACAGGAGGAAGUCAAAGAAAUGAAAAAUGCAAUUGCCCAGACGAGAGCCAACACAAUCGCUAUUGAACAAAAAAUACUCUCGUUUAUAAGCGACAUUUGA